AUGUUUCAAUGCAAACAAUGCCCCGAGGCCUUUCUGACCGAUGGCUCUAGGAAAACCCACGUCCGGAAAGAACACCAGUCGGAGAUCUCUAUCAACCUCAAAGAUGGAUCAAAGUCUACCCUCACGCGCAAGGAUAAUGGGUUGUUUACCUGUCCAACUCCUGGCUGUGUGGCGGAGUUUGCAAACAGUUCAAAUUUGCAUACUCACUACGUCAAUUGCUCACCCAAAAGCCUAUUGACAACUGCGAAGGAUGUCACCCCAACGCACGGUCCGGUGAGGGUUGUGCCCUUUGCGGCCCAGAAUGAGCGUAAUGAGGGAUUGCUCAGAUACCAAUUGGUGUGGAACAAAUACGCUCAGAUUCUGAUUUGUAAUUCGUGUCACAUUGGGAUCGCCGUUACCGAGCUGAAGUCACACAUGAAGAACAACCAUCCGACACUGGGUUUCGAUGCCAUGGGGUUCGCUGAUGCCUUCGCACCAAUCAGAAAGGACCUAGACAUGUCUAAGGGCUUGCCGACUGUACCCCCUGGCUUUGUAACGAAGGAGCCCUGCAAAGCUGUGGAGGGUUUGUUUAUAUACAGUGGUAACAUGUGCAUGUUGGAUGGGGAGACUUUCCCUGAGGAGAAGAGCAUGCGGAACCACUUUGAUGCCGUACAUCCCGAUAUGAAGGCAGAUUGGCGGGCAAACUCUCAUCACGUCUACUGCCAAACGCUGUUUGGCCACAGGCACCGGAAGUACUUUCCAGUCCGGGAUUUGGACGGGGUUGCAUUGAUUGGCUUGGUUUCGGACGAUGGCUCUAAAGUCAGCUCUGUGGCUACUGCUUGCACUGAGGCACUUCUCUUUCUCAAUCACCUCGAAGGGUUAGAUCUCUCAGGUCUUGACUCUUGGAAAAACGUGGAUCUGCACCCCUCUUCAAUAGGCCUCUUUGUGAGGAGCUCAGGUAUCCACCAGCAUGUCCUGUCCUGCCUUGAACAUAUCUCUGUCGAAGAGAUUGGCUCAAUCUGGUCCCCUCCUGAGUUGGAAAAAUGGCGCCCGGUGUUCCAUGCGUGGUUGCGUGCUAGGAUGGUUGGGAUUGAUUGUGUGGCGUAUGCAUUGCGACGGGCAGUCAUGUCUACAUCCUCGAAAAUUGAGUCUACCAAUGGGAUAAAUCCAUUGCAGGAGUCCUCAACCAGCUACCGUUACGCAUCAACACUCACUUGUCUGGUGCUCUUCGUGUCCGCUUGGAAAGACCACCCCAUAGCUGCUUGCUGGAAUGAGGAGCAAGAACCCCUCCAUCGCAUAAUUUCGGACUUCCUCUCUCGCACCGAUCCCGAGUCCCCCCCGAACCGCGCAACUCUGGAAGCUAUUGAUGAGAUUGUGGUUAGCUUCUCAUCCUUCUCAAAUCUCCUGCACGUUCAAAGCCAGGUGCAAUCGGCCCUAGAGCAGUUUGUGGCUUUGUCAAUGUACAAGGGGGAUGGGUCUUUUGCCUCAGCCCAACAUCUGACGCACAUCAUCGCCGACCUGCAAUACGUAUCUCGUCUGGCUUUGGUUUACUUUUACUGCUCCUUGGCCACGGAGAAAGCGGCCGAGUUGAAGAGGGAACGGAUUCCUGCCCGUGAGAUCAAUCGCAGGAUGACACUUUUGCGCAAUGAGGUCCUCCUGCCCCUUCACGACGACGACUUCUUUUCUCCUUUGACGACUUUAGUCGAGUGGAAGCGGUUGGGCUUUGCAGUCCAGGCGAAUGAGCAGCUUCCCGAUUCAACCUACUGGGCUGACACCAUUUGUGAGACACUGGUGAUUGGGAAAAUGUCUCUGACAAUGUCUGGGUUGCGCUCUUGCAUCCAAGAGUCCAUCGGCCAUCUAGACGACUUGUUCCUGGUCGUAUCCAAUGGGGUUUCCCUGCAAAAGUUCAAGCAAUCUCAAAUGCACGAGAUUCCCUCGAAUCGGUCGCCGGGGUUCAACUAUCUCAAGGUCAAUCCAGAUCAAUAUCGGGCUUCUCAACACACUCUCUUGCAUGGCUGGAUGUCUAGAGGCGAUCCAAUGGGUGUACUGGCGAAAAACUGGAAGGAGUGUUCUCUGGCGGGUUCGUUCAAGGGCAUAUGGAAUCCGAGCGGCGCGUGGAAGUGGCUGCGUGAGGUUGAUAAUCUGUUGGGCGCAAUAUACUUUGUCUACCACGUGGCGUGUGGUCAACCUGCAAGAGGAACUGAAGAGUCCACGAUUGCAAUCACCAACCUGGAAUCAGCUCCGCGAAACAUCUUCUGGCGUCACACUCAGUUCCUCAUCCAAACUUGGUACCACAAAGGCCAGAAUAUGACUAAUCGGUCAAAGGCGCGUCAGGUUUAUCUGACAGCCAAGCUUUCAGUGCAUCUGCACAACUAUUUGGCCUACAUACGCCCUAUUCAGCUUGCAAUUUUGAGUGAUUUGGGCACCGAGGACGUAGUAUCCGAUAUGAAACGGUAUCUCUUUGUCCAUUCAAUGUCAGGCAAGUGGGAUACUGCCCAUCAGUCCAGGGUCCUUAGGGAAACGUUCACCCGUUACGCUAUGCCCGGCUUAUCCGUUGCUCAGUGGCGCCAGGUUGCUGUCAGCAUCACAGCCGCUCAUCUCCCAAGUGGACAGUUAGGAGAUGGUGAUGAGUUCUCAACCCCGAGUGAUUACUUGGAUCUUCAGCGGAAUCACUCGACUGCGACUGCAAAUCAACAUUACGGGCACAGCGGUGGGGCGGGGGUUGUCAGGGACCGAGAGCACUGUUUCAAAAAGGCAAGCGAGGUUUGGCAGGAUUUCUGGAAGAUUCGCACGGAAUAUGAGGUUGAUGCCCCCCAUCGGCCCAUGGAAGAUUUGAUGGAUCCUUACCAGUUGGCGUUGAAGGCUUUGUGCAUUUCUACUUCCAAUCCCGAUGCAAGGUUCCGCUCCGAAUUCCAGCAGCGGUGGACCACCUGCCUGUUUGAAAAUAAGAAGGACAUGCUCGUGGUGGCCCGGACAGGGGGUGGGAAGUCUUUCUCAUACUUAUUGCCGCCAUUGAUCGAACCAAACAAUCUUCUGGUGGUCAUUCAGCCACUGAAAGCACUGGUGAAACAGACUUUGUUGGAUCUACGGCUCAAGCACAUCACGGUGCAAGAGUAUCAACCGGGGCUGCCACUCUUGCCUUCCGCUUCCGUCAUCGUGGCAUUAUGUGAUAACGCAGCCAAUGGGGAGUUUAUCAACCUGCUGAAACUCAAUCCCCCCAAGAGGAUCAUUAUCGACGAGGCGCACUCAUGUAUCGACGACACGUAUCGAAAGUACAUAUCUGGAUUGGUCAAUCUUCGUCAACUGUCCUCUCGCUUCAUCCUUGCUACCGGUUCUUUGCCGCCAGCCCUAGAGAAGGAGCUCACGCACACCUACUGGGGAAUGAAGGACCUGGUCGUCUUCCGAGAACCAACUUUCCGCCAGGAGUUGCAGAUCGAUGUCCAUCCUACUCCCUCUGGCCUUGAACAGUUCAUCCGCCUGAGUCAAGACCUGAUCAACACCCAUGUUAUCAACCCUGAAGACCGGGCAAUGGUCUUUAUUGAAAAUCGCCAGCUUGUUGAUGACUUCUCCGAUCGGUUGAACUUUUUCCGUUUCCAUUCUGGCUUGGACGAUGCAAGCAGGGUAAAAAUGUCUGAUGACUGGGCAUCCACGGACCACGCAGUAAUGGUUGCAACUAGUGGUUUUGGGGCUGGGAUCAACUAUCCCCAUGUCCGACUAGUCAUCAUUUAUGGUCUCCCGCUACGCACUCAGGCAAAUAAGGCUUACCAGCAGUUAGGGAGGGCAGGCAGAGACGGACUGGCGGCAAAGGUUGUGUUGGUUCCAAAUCAGCAGGAUCCUUUGAACACCGACGAUUUCAAAGGCCGGCUGCUCAAUCCUUCGAUGUGCGCAGCUGGGGUUUUCUCCCAAUGGGAAGACAAAGUGUCUACUUCUUGCAUGGCUUUCCCAAACAUGCCUUCAAAGUGUAGACCAUGCACAUUAUGGGCUUCGAAUUCUCUGAGGACUAAACGACUGUUGCCCGACCCGCAAGACUCGCCAUCCAUGGGAAAGUCUCGUCGCAUUGACCCAGGCUCUUCCUCAUUCGAGUGCUUUGGUCACCCAGAUGACCUGGGUGGUCCAAACGAGUCUACCCUUGAAGAAUUGCUUGGUGACCCGAGCUUGCCCGGCGGGGUUGGGUCCCCCUCGGUCGGACGGCCAGGUGAAAGGUCACUUGGACGCUUAUUUGAAGGGGCAUCAGCACGACCGGUGAUUCAGGGCUCGCGAAGCACUGGUCUGGUUGCAAACUCCGAGGGUGGUAUCGUAUCAUUCCAGCCAACAUCGGCGCCUCGGACUCCUCAAAAUCAGCUGCGAUUUGCUUCUGCUGGGUCUGGAUUGUCACCUCUGCGGCAGCGGCUGUUGGGGUCAUCCGGGGCGGUUGCUUCCGACUUGGGAUCUCCUCGGCGCGAAUCCACACUGGUCGGUUUUGGGCGGGGCUCAGCCAAUAGCCCAGUGAUUGAACCGGGGGUCAAGAACCACAAGCUGAAAUCCAUCAUUGGGCUCUUCAAUUCAUCGCAGGAGUCUUCCGCUGGUACACCUUGUGGCUGGUGUUACAUCUCCAAAGGUACUGUGUCUCAUCAUGCGGGUCGUUGUGACUUGAUUAAGGCCAAGUGUAGCACUUGCUCAGGGGAACAUGAUCGCUUUGAGUGUCCAUUUCCUUCCCUCUCGGACGCGAUAAGAUUGGCCAGGUCAGGGACAUCUUAUACCUUCUGUGAUGCCUGUAACCUCCCUUCAGGUGCACAUGAUCCCCUCCUUUUCCAUCCAUCUGGGAGGAUCGGCAUGGGAUGUGAAAGUGGUUUCAAGGGUGUAGCUCUUCAGGUGUCUUUUGUUAUUCUGGCCGAGUAUCCUGAGGUGCUCAGUAUGUGGGCACCCGAUGCUUCUUCCCCUGAGGCUUUUAUUCAUUGGCUCGCAACUAGUGAGCCAUCAAGUCCAUGGCCAAACGUUAUCUCUCUCUUCUUGCAGGCGGAUGAAUAUUGGGGUAUCUCCUCAAGAUUGUCCAAUGUGGUCCCUCAAUCACUUCCUGGGCACCAUUCCGGCGGCUCUUCUUCAAUACCUCAACACUUGCGUCGUCAGCUGCCCUCGGUCCCUGCUUCAAUGUCCCAUAUUUCCGGAAUUAUGGACCACCUGGCUUCCCAGCUGCCCUCAUCUGGGGGGGGCUGCUCGGCGAUGGGUUCCGGCCUCAAGGCCCCGGCUCCUCAACCACGUCUGGGGUUGGGGGGAUCCUCACCUCACGUCACCUCCAAAGGUUUGCAGGUUGAGAAUUGGCAAGCCUCUCCCCGGGCGACAACAGCCAGCCUCCACAUCCUUGAACAACAAAGGAUCCAGUCAUCCUGUUUGGUUUCUCAAAGUACUCUAGAGGCGCAGGCGGGGGUUAGCCAUAGAGACCACGCUCUCACUGUUCUGGAGUCGGUGGCAGCUGCUUUUGUAUCUAAGGCAGCCACUUUGGGUGGCGAGAUUUGUGGUCAAUGUUUUGUGGAGAAUGGUUCUUAUUCUGCACACCAUUAUUGUCGCCGGAUGAACGGGAAGUGCUUCAAGUGUCUGGGUUCUCAUAGCUCGGAAAAGUGCCAGCGAGCUCAUUUCUCCUCUUACCUGACAUCUUCAAACAAUAGAAGAUCCUUCCAGGUGUGUAUCGGCUGUGGUUUGCCCUCUGGGGAUGCGAUUUACGACAGGUUUCACCCAAACAGGAAGAUUGGCCGUGCUUGUGAGAGUGGAUUGAAGAAUAUUCCAUUCGUUGUGGCCAUGCAUUGUUAUUACAAUCUUGCGCCUUGGCUCGUGGAUUUGACCGGGGAUCGACUGGAAGAGGAGGGCUUUCUCAGAUGGCUGGCCGCCACCACCGAUAACAUUGCAGCUCCUUGGCCCAAUGUCAUCACCGUUUUUUUGAGGUUCAUUGAAACACAGGGUGCAUCAGCAGUGUUCUUGGGGUCUCGCUUCUGA